CCGUGUGCCCCUUAAGUCGAACAUAUUCACACCAAAAUUCACAAAAGUUAUAAACCGUGUAAUUUGAAUCAGGAUCCAAAUUUCAACAGCGCCGUGGGAUAAACACGUUAGAAAAUGUCAGCAUCCCAACACAAAAUGUGUAACCGACGUGUUUGCCAGGCAAUUUCAUUUUCAAACACGAGUAAAUCAUGAAUAUGUAGAUGUAUGUAAAUACAAACGCAGUAAACGCCUGCGUUUUUGAAGGGGGCGUGGACUCAAAGGCUGUCAAGUGACGUCGGUAUCAGAGAGGGCGUGUUUACUUUCCUCAUCCGAGCUCCAAUGAUUUAAUGUUUCGGCACUAAAGUGGUUUAUCCUGUGCGGGUUCUUCACGCAGGAGACUGGAGUAAGGAAGUGUGGAGAAAUGGUGAAAAAAAAUUGCCUUUAAACGUGAGAAAUACGGGAGACGUUCGUUAGCCGUUGCCUUGUGACGACUUCGGACACAGAGACUCGCGCGCUCUCGUGCCUGUGAUCCCCAGCGAGCGACGCGCGAGACCGAGCAGGCGUCAGGUUGUUUGGCUAAAAGUUUAGCAUCACGACGCGACGUUUUCUGACACGGUUUUCUCGCUUAUUUAGUUAUUAAUUUAUUAAUUUAUUUUUCGCGUUUUUCCCUUCCCCUCCUCCCCUCCUUCUCUUAUUGAUCACCGAGUUGGUCAAUAAUCUGCGUGAGCCGGUGAUUAAUCUACAUAAUGACUUCAGGAGCCACAGCUGAAAAGAAAAGACAGAGCUGUGAGCGGAGGAAGGCGAGGUGUCGCGAUGCGGCACGCUGUAGGCGGGUGAAGGAGACGGAGGUGUUUAAUCAGCUGGCCAGUCAGCUUCCUCUCCAUCACAGCAUCACGGAGAGCCUCGAUAAAGCCUCGAUCAUCCGUCUCACGCUGAGUUACCUGCACCUGCGCUCGGCUCUCAACACAGUGAUGAUGGGCGAGCAGUCCGAGUUGGACGCUCAGUGGAGCGCUUCCUGUCUGAAAGCCCUCGACGGCUUCCUCAUGAUUCUCUCUCAGGACGGAGACGUCGUUUACACGUCAGAAACCGUCAGCAAGUGUCUGGGGAUUUCCCAGAUCGACCUGUCAGGACAGAGUGUGUUUGAUUUCACUCACCCAUGCGACCAUGAAGAGGUCCGAGAGGUGCUGGUUAACAGAGCAGGGUCCUAUAAGAAAACCAGAGAAGAGCAGAGUUUCUUUUUGCGGAUGAAGUGCACUCUGACCAGUAGGGGGCGCACCGUCAACCUCAGAUCUGCUACAUGGAAGGUCCUCCACUGUUCCGGUCAUGUCCGUGUGGAGUGCACGCAGAAGAGCGUGUGCGAAGAGAGCAGCACACCGGCGUCGUACCUGGUGCUGAUCUGUGAGCCGAUCCCACACCCAGCCAACAUCGAGAUUCUUCUCGACUCCAGGACGUUCCUGAGCAAACACACGCUCGACAUGCGCUUCUCCUACUGCGACGAGCGGAUCACGCCGUUGUUGGGUUAUGACCCUGAGGAUCUCCUUCAAUGUUCUGCGUACCAGUUUUAUCAUGCUCUGGACUCGGACAGUCUCACCAAAACACACCACAACUUGUUUGUGAAGGGCCAGGCAUGUACGGGUCAGUACCGUAUGCUGGUGAAAGGCGGAGGCUUUGUGUGGGUGGAGACUCAGGCCACCGUCAUCUACAACAACAAAAACUCUCAACCACAGUGCGUCAUCUGCCUUAACUACGUCCUCAGUGGUGUUGAAGAACCCGAGCUGGUUCUCUCUCUCCAUCAGUCGGCGAUGAAGCAGGAGAAGGAGGACGGGUGCGAGACAGAGAGAGAGACACAGAGCCAGGAAGCAGCGACUCGGAUAAACGAGGACACGAAGGAGGAGAAGAGCGAGGGAGAAACCGAGCUACAGGCUCCUGACGCUGACGUCACACUGGACUUCGCUGACACGGGUAUGUCGUUUACAGGGGCAGAAACGUCAGCACUCGGAGACGCUCCUCUCUACAACGACGUCAUGAUGCCCUCCACCAGCGUCCUGUCGCCUCCGUCACCGCCCACCGAGCCACCCUGUGGCACCCUGCCCCGCCUGGAGGACUUCCCCUUCCCAUCAUCCUCUGCUCCGGCCUCGUCCGGUCGCAGUUCCACUCAGGUGGUAGAGGAUCUGGAGUUGGAGAUGUUGGCUCCCUACAUCUCCAUGGACAAUGAUUAUCAUCUCCACACGCGCACAUGCGUAGAGGGUCCAGAGGAUCUCGGUUCCGCCCGGAAAAACACCAGAGAACACACAAAUCCCAACGAUACACAACACAGAGAACAGCCGGAUGAAGAUCUGUCUUCCGCGAGUCGGCCGAAUGAGAAAAAGAGAAAACUAGAAACACUGUCUCGGUCUCGUGCCACAGGGCGGGUGAUGACGGACUCGCCUCAGGUCAAGAGGUCAAAGGUCACGGUGUCAGAGACUCGUCCACCAGCCGCCAUGCCGGAGACUCUGACUAUACUGCUGCUCCCCUCGGACGUCUUGAACCAGCUGAUGGUGGGAGGAGCCAUCAUUAAGCCCCUCCCACACGUCCGUCGUUAGGAUGUAACGUGAACGCAGCUGUCACAGCGCGGAAAAACCUCAAAUCCAUUCAAGAACCGUUUCAUCCCCUCGUACAUGGAAUUAUUUUGAAUUUUAAAGUAAUUUUUAAAAACCUAAACUAUUUGUAGAAAUUCAAGUGAACAAGUGUGAUGUGGUGAGAUUUUUUUCAUGAGAUUGACGCUGAUGCUAAAUAUGCUUCUAACCCCGCCUCUAAACCUACCUCAACCUCUAACUCUGCCUCUACAGUAACCAGGCGUAAGACGAUACACUAAAGCCACGGUAGGCUUCACGAGACCAUGUCCGCGCAAAUACGAUAAAAUAUUAAUACGUUUAUUUUGUAACAACGAAUCGAAUCGCUACGAUCUAAGAAAAGUAGAACAGGAUUUAUAAUAUAAGCUGUAAUUUUCCCUUUCAGCGUCGCGUGUAUUCCAUGGCAACAUUAAUAAUAUGGAAAGACUGUUGGACAAUAGUUUGUGCCUUAAAUAACAAUUGUGUCGUCACGCUUCUACCGCCGUCUGACCUCCACUUGAAAUACACGAGUGCGUCAGUACUUGUACUGAUGACCCUCCAGCUCAAACCCUGACUCUAAUCCUAACAAUAACCCCGCCUCUAACACUAACUCCACCCCCUAACUGUAGUCUAUAACUCGCUGAGACGUGUGAAUGACAUCCUGAGUUUUACUUUCAGUUGAAAUAGUUUCCUUUUUAAAGUUUUAAAUACUUCACCACACUGUUUAACUUUCCCGAACUUUUUUUUUCUUUCUUUCGUAACUUUUAUAGAUUUUUCCAUAUGUAUGGAUUCUAGGAAGAGGAGCUCUUCCCUUACAACACAUUUCAGUAUUUUGAUAUUAAGGUGUUAUAUUAAGGGAAUUUUUCCUUUUUCUUUAAAUUCAUCAUCUUCGGGUUCCAUCAGCCCCAAACCGGUGAAUGAUUUUAAUGUAUAUUGGUGUUUAAGCAACACUCCGCUUUAGACGCACAACUAUAGAUACAGUCGACAAAUUACCAGCAGCUUGUGCUAUAUAAUUUUCAUAAUUAAUGUCAAUCAAAAUCUUUUUUUUUUCCCCUGUCUCCUUUUUGAACCAAAGUAAACAUGUCUGUACGAGCUGUCCAGUUACAGCAGUGUGUCUAAUGUCUGUUAUCUGUGUGUGAUCAGAUUUAAGUGUCUAAUAUAUAGAGAUAUAUAUAUAAAAACUACAUAGACUUUUUAAAAAUGAAAGGUUGGCUAAAUGUGAAUUUUAGGCUAACAUUAUGUAUUUUAUUGUGUGUGUGUGUGUGUGUAUGUUCAUUAUAUUUGUCAGUGUAUUAAUGUAAAGCGGCCGUAUGAAAAAACGCACAAAUGUCACGUGGUAAUUGUCGUGUUUCACGGUUGCUGUUAUUCACUCGAUUUAAGUGUAAAUCAUGAACGCUGACGUGUUUGUGUGUCAUGUGGGAAUAUCGCCAUGUCUCUCUCCGUGUUUACGAUUAAAGUCGCUGUGGCAGGUUUUGGUGCCGGGCUGCUUCCAUAAUCUAAACCUGACAAUAAACGGAUUUUAUUUAAUAAAAAGGUUAUUUAGCGAAGGAAAACACAAAUCACGGAGGAAGGAGUCUCCAGUGUCCGGAGUCUUCAGGACACGGUAUGGAAUUUUAAAAGCCGUCGAAUUCUCAGUAACGGACUUUUGAAUUCACAGCAUUGAAGUACUGUACGUUUACUUUCUAUAUUCAUAACUAUUUUUGUUUUUAUUAAACUUCUUGAAAUUCAAAGUAGUUUUAUUGAAGUGAUUCACGUUAAAGAAACAAACAUCCAAGUUGAAUAAACUGUUGUAAGGCA